UACCACAGCACCUCUUUGUACACCGCUUCUGGGCACCCACAUAUACUCACAUCCCAGAGGCAUCUGUGGUCAGUCACCAAACUAGGGCUCCGGCGGAGCACUCUGUAACACACACAGACACACACUCUCACAAGUGUUCCACUGACAGUCGGACACUGAAGUCCUGCUUCGUUUUUAGCGCACAAGGAGUGACAGAAGGACCUUUGCAAGAGGACUCACCUGUUCACAUCUCUCUCUCUCACUCGCCAACCAUGAGGAGGGGAAGCUACGACGAUGCAGCUGCCUCCAUCCGACCUCAUCUUCGCAGCCUGGCACAGAGACGCCGAUCUGCCCCAUCCCUGGUGUUUGGGAGAGCCCUUGGAAUCCCUUGGAACCCUAUCAGGGAGGAGGUGGCCGUGGCAGUGGAGCAGUGUCCGUUUGUGCUGGGGUUGUCCGGUGACGGCUCCCCUCUGGCCCUGGACGCCUGCGUGCAGCUGACCGAGGGUCAGAAGACCCGCGAGAGACACCUCUUCCUCUUCAACAAGGAGCUUGUCAUCGCCAAACUCAAGUCAAGUGCGAGCUACCGCUUAAAACAUCGCCUGAGUCUUGCGGAGCUUUGGCUCUGCCCUUGCGAAGAUGAUGAUGAUGAGGACGAGGAUGAAGAGCCCAUGGACUUGGACCUCAAAACUUCCCUGGUGCUUGUGUGGCCACUGGCAUUCUGUGUGGUGACCUUUUGCUCGCCUGAGGUGAAAGACCGCUGGGUAGAGACCUUACACAGAAAGAUCACCGAAGCGCAAGAGGUGUUCGGCUUCAGCUCUCCUCCUCCGAGCAUCCUCAUGAAGGUUUUGAGUGUGAACAGCAUGACUAAAACUCUAACAGGCGGAGGCACGGAAGCAAACAUGGACGCUCCUUCUGAGGGCAACGGCAAAGGCUCCGCCCAGCAGAGGCAGUUAUGUAACAAGGAGGACGCAGGGAAGCAGCCCAUUGGUCAUGGUGCUAGUCUUUGGAUGAAGCUGAGGAGAUCCUCCACGCUCAGUGGCUCCGCACCCCGCAUCGACCCCAACCCCAGCAGCCUGUUUGGGCAGCCCCUCUCCAAAAUCUGCCUGGAGGACGGCAGUCUCCCCACACCCAUCACAGAGAUAUUUCAGCUCUUGUGGAGGAAGGCCCCGGCUACAGAGGGGGUCUUCAGAAAGUCGGGGAACAGUGGCGGCCUGAAGACCAUCCGUGAGCAACUCAACAGCGGGACCGGGGUGGACAUGGACGCCCUGCCUGUCACACAGCUGGUCGGAUUGCUGAAGAGCUUCCUGAAGGAGCUCCCUGGUAGUCUGCUGGUGGCUGACAGAUAUGACCAAUGGAUCAGUGCAGUGGAGAAGGAGGAGGAGGAGGAGAAACUGACAGAGAUCAAGAGUGUGAUUCAGUCCAUCCCUGAGCCCAAUGCCCUCCUCCUGCGGUAUCUCCUAUGCGUGCUGCACCACAUCAGGCAGAACUCGGACGUCAACAAGAUGGACGCCAGAAACCUGGCGGUGUGCAUCGCCCCCUCGCUCCUCCACAAGACCAACUGGGAGCCCGACGCAGGACAUGCUUGUUCAGCCGGAGGAGGUCAAGAAGUAGGUGAAAGUAUCAUCCCUCUUUGUUUCCUCCAGGUGAAUGGCCUGACACAGUUUCUGAUCGAGAACUGCUGCAGCGUGUUUGGUGAAGGUGUUCUGACCCUGCUUGGUGAUCCUGAUGAGGAGGAACUGGCCGACAGCACAGAUUCCAUGUCUUCACAUCAGCAUGACUCAGCCUAUGACAGCACCGACCCCGAUGCCGACGGUGACGCCAGGGAAGGGUCUCCGGUUGACCGCGGGACGGCCCAUCGCUGCCAAGCCGGCUGUGCGGCUGGCCACCGGGUUCAGUGCUCCAUGGUGGCCUCAAGCUCCUCGGACGGCAUCUUCACGCCGUUCACCAGCACCCUGAACCGCCGCUGCUCUGAGCCAGCCAUCUUUCCAUCCUCCGCGGUGGUGGCCGCCUGCUCGCGCUCCCUGGAGCAGGGCCUGGCACGUAGCCACGACGACUGCUCCGCCGACGCACAGGGCGACUUCCAGGGGCUGAAGAAGCAGACGUCGGACGACUCCUUCCUGCUGACCAGGCGGGCCGAGCGGCGUCUGCCGUCCUCCUCCUCGUUCGGCAAGCUGGGCGGGAGCUUGACCGCAGAUCUCCUCCUGCUGCGGGCCAGCGCUGACCGCCGGGCCUCCGCGGCCUGCUCGUGCUCCUCGUCCUGUUCGCUGGAGAGCGCCGCGUCCAACGUCUCCGAGGGUUCCGUCUUCACCAGCUCGCCGCUGGCCUCCCCGACCGCCCUCAGGAGGUCCCACUCCACCAAGCACCAGGCGGCGGCGGCGGCGACGGCGACGUCCUCAUCCUGCCGGUCACUGUCGGUGUCCUCCAAGGCUUCCUCUAAGCCUGACCAGCCCAAGGCGGAAGGGGAAGUCAAGCGUCGCACCCAGUCCCUGAGGGUCAAGGGCCUGGGGGGUCUGUUCCACCGGGUCAGCAUGAAGCACGGCGAAGCUCUGAAGGAGCCAGCCUUCCCCUGUGGCCCCCUGCAGGAGGACUCCCAGAGCGAGGCUGAGACCCUCGAGGGCCCCAACGGCCCCGCAGAGGAAGAGCCCCCGCGUCGGCAGAGGCCCCUGUCGGCCAUCGAGGUCUUCCAGCAUGUGGACAGUCGGCUACCUAGCUGCCCGCCGUCGUACCAGCAGGCGCUGCUCAACUCCGCCCAGCCGGCGCCGCCGCAGUACCGCCGGGCCAUGACCGUCCAGGCUGCCCGCGAGCUGGGCCGCAAGAGGCGACCCAUCUCCAUGAAUGAAUCCCUGCUCGAUUUCUCCUCAUCGUGCCGCGUCGGCCACCUCUCGAACUGCCUCCCGACACGGCCUGAGCUAAGCGAUUCCACCGCACCCGAGCCAGCCCAGACGUUCCGAGCGAGGGCCAUGUCGGAAUCUGUGUCCCGGUCACGCCAAGACACUGUGGCACGGCGCUGCAGCCAACCGGUGUUUGAGGAACUUACUUAUGCUAAGGAGUCUUAUGUCUAAGCAGGAGUCUUAUGUCUAAACAUGAAGCAUAUGUUUAGACAUAAGUAUUAUGUGUAAGCUUGUCACUGAACAAGGACACUAUUUCUCCCUCUUUGGAUGUGUACAGUGUGCCACUUUCAGGUUGAACCUUCUGAAGUAGUACUGUUUAGAGUACAUAUUCUAUAGAGUUUAACACAUUAAAGCUAUUUAAAUAUGCUAAUAUAAAUUCUUUAUAAGGUUCCAGCCCAGAAGCUAUGUAUAUAAGUGUGAAAGUAGGAUGCAGAGUAUAUUUUCUUGUUAAUACCUACUACUAUAAUAUGAUACUUGUCCAGUCGAUAUAUGUCUUCAAAACUUUUUGAAUGUUUAUAUUUGUCCUAUCACCCUUGCCUUGUUACCUGUUGUUGAGUCAUGUACAGCACAACUGUAAAUUAGCUUAAGUACUCAAAUGCCUUUUUAUUAACUACAGUGUCUUCCUUCUCACUACAAUAAAGCACCUUCUUUAUGGCACAUUUUGAGAACACAAUGUGAUCUUAGUUCAGCAUGAGAAUGAGCUGGCCACAAUAGUGAGAGCGAGAAAGAGAGAGAGAGAGAGGUCAAUGUUUUUAAAUGUUAUUUUACAAGUUAAUGUGCUAUUUUAUUGUUCUUUAUUCUUUGGCAACACUGUAGCCUAUCUCAAGAGUCAUGCUAAUAAAGAAACAUUGAAUUGAGAGAGGGAGGGGUGCCAAGGCUCUGCUGUGGGGUACCUUACCCCUUUCUCAGACAGCAACUCACUGGGCCGGAGCUGGCUUUGAUCAAGGCCAGAUCCGCUCCUGGGUCAGUCACUCUGCGUCAGCCAUCACAGACCAUUCAGCUCAGUGCAGGCCUGACCGAGGCAUGCUAAGUGGCUAUUAGCAUGUUUCGCGCGCAAGUGCCUGACCGAGGCUGUGGCCGAAUGGCAUGCUAACGACAUUAGUGUGUUUCGCGCGCGAGCGUCCUAAUGAGGAACUCAGACUGGUCUUCUGCAUCCUGUGUUAGCCUCAAGUUCAGCAACUUCUCUAUGCAGCGUUGCGUAACAGCGCCGAAGAGCAGGUCCUCAUUGAGAACAUUUUGUUCUACAGCGAGCUCAGAGAUAGACAGAUAGAGAGACAGACCGACAGAGAGAGAGAGGGAGGGAGAGAGAGAGAGAAAAACUGUUUCAUGACCACGUGGACGGAUUUGGGUUAGAUGGUUUGGUAGCAUUUUUUUUCUCUGGGUAGCUGCCAUCUGCUUCUUUGCCCGUGUCUGUGCAGAAGAGUCUUUUCUCUGUGUGUCUCUGUCUCUGUAUCAAGUGCCAACCGCUACCAGUAUUAACAGUGCUUAGUGGUUGAGAGGAAUCUGGCCUUGAGAUCUUUCAACAGGAGAUAUUCCAUUCACUGUCGAAAGACUGGAUAAGGUGGCUUCAAGCACACAUGAUGAAAAACUGAAAGUGAGUUGUUUUUAGGGGUCUUCUACAGAGAUGAAUCAAAGGUGUUGAAAUAAAUCAGACACAAUGUGAGACACACCAGCUCUGCAGCUCAGUGAAAUUAUAUUUCUCUUUAUUGAUGUGCAGUGAGAUACCAAUGUGUGUAGCUCUGAAAAUAUUGCACACCACUCUCUUGUGUUUUUUUUUCAUUGCCAACUGGUCUGAAUAUGAAUACAAACAAUGAAGAAAACAUA